AUGGUCCAAGCCUGCUUGGUGUGCUCCAGAGUUCAUAGGGGCAGCCUGGCAGCCCAGGCAGCUGCAGAGGACAUGGACAAGGCAGAGAAGCCCAGUCCCCCUGCCAAGAAGCAUGUGCGACUCCAGGAGAGGAGGGGCUCCAAUGUGUCACUAGUGCUGGAUAUGAGCUCUCUAGGAAACGUGGAGCCCAUCCAGCCUGUCUGCACGCCACGGGACAUCACACUGAAGUUUCUGAGGACAUCCAGCCACGUGCUGAGGAAACAGGAGCUCCAGCAGCACGCCCAGAGCCUGGCACAGCUCCAGGAGGAGUUUUCGAAAAUCCCACCCAACUUCGUGAGUCCCGAGGAGCUGGAAAUCCCUGGGCGUGCUUUCAAGGACAGAUACAAAACCAUUCUCCCCAAUCCUGAGAGCCGGGUCUGCCUCAGGAGGGCUGGGAGCCAGGAGGAAGACAGCUACAUAAAUGCCAACUACAUCACAGGCUACGCGGGCCGGCCCCGGGAGUACAUCGCCACACAGGGCCCCCUGCUGAACACCGUGAGCGACUUCUGGCAGAUGGUGUGGCAGGAGGAGGCUCCCCUCAUCGUCAUGAUCACCGAGCUCCAGGAGCGCAAGGAGAAAUGUGUCCACUACUGGCCUGAGAAGGAGGGCACCUAUGGCCCCUUCACCAUCCACGUGCAGGGGGUGAGCGAGUCUGUGGAGUACGUGGUGCGGGAUCUCUCCAUCCAGCUUGGGAAGGAAUGCCGCAAGGUCAAGCACAUCCUCUUCCCUUCCUGGCCAGACCAGCAGACACCUGAGUCAGCCAAGCCCCUGCUGCACCUGGUGGCCAAGGUGGAGGAGGCUCUGCAGACUGCAGCCAGCCCAGGGCCCGUCGUGGUGCACUGCAGUGCGGGCAUCGGCCGCACCGGCUGCUUCAUUGCCACCAGGAUCGGGUGCCAGCAGCUGCAGGACACGGGGGAGGUGGAUAUCCUGGGCAUCGUGUGCCAUCUGCGCAUAGACAGAGGUGGGAUGAUCCAGACGAGCGAGCAGUACCAGUUCCUCCAUCACACGCUGGCUCUCUAUGCCUCCCAGCUGCCAGAGGGGGCAGCCCGCUAG